UUGGAGGCCUGGGAGGAGUUUAAGGCAGGAGAAGGGAUCCUUGCAGUGAAGGGCAGGGCUUUGGGAGCAGAGGCGGUCAGAGUGCUGGAGCCUGGCCCUGGGGGUGAUUGGAGGAAAGGGCUCAUCAUGAGGACCUCAGGGGCUGGAUCGGGAGGUGCUCUUGGGACUAGGAAGAGCCUUCCGGAGCGGGCUGGCGGGAAGCCGGAAGUCUUUGAGCUGAGAUCCCUCUGCCUUCCAGAAGCCAGCUCUGUGCUUGCAGAUCCCAGGAUUGGAGAGAAAAUGGCUCCUGGGAGCAGCAGACCCCUGGCCCAGGAGACAGUGACGUUCAAGGAUGUGGCUGUGGACUUCACCCAGGAGGAGUGGGGCCUCUUGGACCUCCUCAGAAGGAGCUGUACAAGGAGGUCAUGCUGGAGAAUGCUCGACACCUGCUCUCCCUGGAGAAUGCACUCUGGGGAGAAACCUUAUGAAUGUAAUCAGUGUGGAAAGAUUUGCAAAUGGAAGUCUGAGCUUGUUAGACAUCAGAGCUCCCACACUGGAGAAAAAGCUUUUGAAUGUAAUCAGUGUGGAAAGUCUUUCAAAUGGAAACCAAGUCUUGGUUAG